AUGCCCCAUCCAUUACAUCUUCUCUGCAUCGUGCCUGCCCUUUUCAUCAUUUUUCGGAGGCUUGUGUCCGGCGAACCGGACCAGGCAGUCCCUAUCCCCAUCGAUAUCAUCAUCGUCGAAGACGCCGUCACAAAGCCAGCAUGUCUCAUCAAAAUGACCUGGAACUGGAACACCAUAGACUCCUGCUUCCUCUCAGAGACGUAG